ACUAUAAACAUAUUAUCCGACAGCGGAAAACCAUGAGCAAGGCGUAAACGUUGGUGGGUUUAGAAUUUCCAGCCCCACUCAUAAUCUGCUGUUUUACAACCUCAGCACGGAUUGCACUCGUGCUGCUUAAAAUAUAUCGCGGUGGGUUGUGGUAGUUGUAGUUUUCGCCGGCUGAACCCGGUCAGCUGACUGAUUCACUGAAAUCCCAUAGUUCCUUGCGCGCACUACCCACGAAUCGGAAGCCGCGUGGGAACUUGGGAAUUGUAGUCCUGUCUGGAAUUGUCUGUGACUUGUGGGGGGCAGCGCGGGCCUCGGAUUCCCAGAGAGCCGCGCGACGCGGCCUGGAGCUCGGAGAGGCAGUUCGUGGCGGUGACCGAAGGGAAGGCUCCCUAGCCCGGUACCAUUCAGCGUUUGUACCAGUCGCUCCUCAGUAUGAGCGCCGCCAACCGGGCCCAGGGCGGGGGCGAGGCCUUCGUGGAGCAGGGACAAUCUGGGGCAAGUAAAGGACCUGUGUCUUCCGCUGCUGCAUCUGGGGGAGCGGCCGUGCCCGGGGGCUUUAUGAGGAUUGGGAGAGACAGUGGAAAAGUUACAACAGUGGUAGCAACCCCUGGUCAGGGACCAGACCGCCCACAGGAGGUUUCCUAUACAGACAUCAAAGUCAUUGGUAAUGGCUCCUUUGGGGUGGUGUACCAGGCUCGACUAGUGGGCUGUGGAGAAAUGGUGGCUAUCAAGAAGGUCCUGCAAGAUAAAAGAUUUAAGAACCGGGAGCUGCAGAUCAUGCGCAGGCUGGAUCACUGUAACAUUGUGCGCCUGAGAUAUUUCUUCUACUCCAGUGGAGAGAAGAAAGAUGAGGUUUACCUAAACCUGGUCCUGGAUUUCGUCCCAGAGACGGUCUAUCGUGUUGCUCGUCACUUUGCAAAAGCCAAAAGCUCAUUACCGUCCAUUUAUGUGAAGGUAUACCUGUAUCAGCUGUUCCGAAGCUUGGCUUAUAUCCAUUCUCAGGGUGUCUGUCACAGAGACAUAAAACCGCAGAACUUGCUGGUGGAUCCAGACACUGCUGUACUUAAACUUUGUGACUUCGGCAGUGCAAAGCAGCUUGUUCGUGGGGAGCCAAAUGUGUCCUAUAUAUGUUCGAGGUAUUACAGAGCCCCUGAACUCAUUUUUGGAGCCACAGACUACACUGCAAAUAUUGACAUCUGGUCAGCAGGUUGUGUCCUUGCAGAGCUGCUAUUGGGCCAGCCCAUCUUUCCUGGAGAUAGUGGAGUUGACCAGCUGGUGGAAAUUAUUAAGGUUUUGGGGACUCCCACACGGGAACAAAUAAGAGAGAUGAAUCCAAACUACACAGAGUUUAAAUUCCCACAGAUCAAAGCACAUCCUUGGACAAAGGUCUUUAAACCCCGUACUUGCCCUGAAGCCGUAACAUUGUGCAGCCGGCUAUUAGAGUACACGCCAGAUACUCGCCUCUCCCCACUUCAGGCCUGUGCACACUCCUACUUCGAUGAGCUACGUGACCCCAACACACGCCUCCCCAGUGGACGCGAGUUACCUCCUAUCUUCAACUUCAGCUCUGUAGAGCUCUCCAUUCAGCCUUCGCUGAACUCCACCCUCAUACCCCCACACCUCCAGUCUUCUCAUUUGCAUGGUGACGUGAGACCUGGAUCAGACAGGCUGAAAAGCAGUGAGGUGGCAGAGCUGAACAGCUCCUGAGGAGUGCAUCCUUCCCCAAUCCCCCCACUUCUCUUCAAUGGACACUCAACCAAUCCUGCUCCCACCAGAACUUAUUUACUGGCACCCAACUCUGGGGCUGGUCAGUUGAUGGUGUCGGUAGGGUUGUUUUGUUCUUUUUGCCUCCUGUCCUACUCACUCCUGAUGCUGAACAUGUUAGGGGAUAGCCACAUCACUCACUCCAGAUUACCUACAACAAUGGAUCACUUGGAUGGUGCAGAGGUUUAGAAUCAAUACUUUGUGACUCUUUGUAAACUCUGCUUCACACCCCACAUAGAUCCUACCAGUUUGACUGUGGCACUACUCUGAGGUAUUCCUGCCUGACAGACCUCUGUACCCCUGUUACAGGCUGAAAGCCGCAAUCAAAAUUAUCUAAAGGCCAUUUGGUAAAUACAUUGCUUUUCUGAGCUUUUCUCAUUGGAUAGGGAGAGAUUAGUAUGUUCUCCAAUUUAAAGGAACGGUAAGGGCAGAAACA